AAUACAAUGCAAUGCUUAUCACACAUGUAUUGUCUGACGUAAUACUAAACGACAGACUGUUUUAUAUUUCAAGGAUAGUAUCGAUUGAUAUGAAGAAGUGAUUAUUGUAUUAAUUGUUUUGUAUUGCAAGACAUCACUCGAGAGAUAACUCGGUUUGAAUUAAAUUGAAAACAAUUGUCUCAUCGAUGGCUCAGUUCAACACAGUUAAGGGUAUCGUCGCGUUUGUCACCGGCGGUGCUUCGGGUUUAGGCAAAGCAACGGUCGACCGACUGAUCAAUUUGGGUGCCAAAGGUGUCGUCGCAUUUGAUCUUAAGUUUGAAAAACUAUUUGAUGCCAAAAACGUAAUACCAGUUCAGGGAAGCGUUGUCUCUGAAGAGGAUGUGCUCAAAGCGCUCGAUAAGUGCGAGAAAGAGUUCGGCCGAUUGGACGCAGUGGUCAAUUGCGCCGGCAUUGGUGUGGCCCGAAGGAUAUAUGACAACCGCCGCAAUSAACCGCAUCCAUUGGAAGAGUUCCGCAAAGUCUUGGAGAUUAAUACUUUGGGCACAUUUAAUGUCAACCGUUUGGCUGUUGGACUCAUUGCGAAGAACCAGAAAGUUAAUGAUUUAAAAGGAGUUCUUAUAAAUACUGCUUCUGUGGCCGCUUUUGAGGGACAAAUUGGUCAAGUGGCAUAUUCUGCCUCAAAGGGAGGUAUUGUCGGAAUGACACUUCCAAUCGCACGUGACUUAGCACUUGAGGGCAUUAGAUGCAUGACUAUAGCUCCGGGACUGUUUGAUACACCACUCUUGGCUGGUUUGCCCGAAAAGGUACGACAAAAUCUGGCGUCAACUGUUCCCUGUCCUCAACGAUUAGGAAAUGUCGAAGAGUACGCUCAUUUGGUUCAGACUAUUAUUGAAAAUCCGAUGCUUAACGGAGAGGUUAUCCGAUUGGACGGCGCUUUACGUAUGCAACCAUAGAUCGACAUAUCGUCUCAUAAUUUUUUAUAUAAAUUUUAUACUUAAUCUCAUAAACUAAAUAUCAAAUCAAUAGUUUGAAAAUAAGUUUUACAUAUAAUAAUUAUGAACAAAAUUAUUAUUAUGUAAUUUAA